CCGAAAGAAGCAAGCGGUUCCUCAAUGACCUGGCAGGUAUACAGGGGCAAACACGCCUUUUACUUGUCCUUAUCCCUCGAUUCAUCCUUUUGAGCAGUGCCUGUGUCCCGCGAAGACCGUGCUCCAAUAGAGAUGGAGAGAUAUAAGAAAGAAGCUAUAAACGGAUCUCUUCCAGCUCUUUUGGCGCUGUCUCAAGACACCACGAAGAAUGUAACGCUGUUUCCCGUCAUAGUGAAAUCGAUUCGUCAGCAUCUUCUCACUACUCCCAUCCCGACGACCCCCGCCGAUCCCUUAUUCCAAGAAUGGCAGGAUGACAACAUGACCACCAUUCAUACAUGUCUUGUCAGCCUGAAAAGUGCCAUAUCCCAUCUCGAGCCAGAGGAUGCAUGUAGCAUUGCACUUGUUUCCCGACUAUGGCCAGAUCUAUGCCGCUACAUCACUGUAUUCCUUGAUAUCCACGUUGUCGAUGUUUCGCCGUCCUUACUACCAUCGCUUUAUGAAAUCGAAACUUGGUUUACCAUGGUGGACGCGAUCUUAUCCUUAUUACUUGUCCUGUCUCGCAAAUCACAGUGGUGGUCAUUGAUGAUCGAAACACCUGAAUUCAUUCUCUCCCUCACGAAUACCGUGAUAUGCCUCAUAGCGGUCAGCGAAGACCUCUCCUUUCAGGCCAGAUCAUUCAAUCUUAUGUCCUCCUUCUGCAAGCCCGUCGGUGAUGAUCCGAUUCCUGCUAUGGUUUAUCUCAUGCAGAAGAUGCCCUCUGAAAGGAUCAUCCACCUGUUCGAGGGCAUCGUAUCUCGCACCCAGACAUUAGAUCCGUCGAGCUACGCGCUUACACAAUGCCUGAAUAUCAUGUACUUCACCACUAUACAUUCAGAGUGCUUCGCUCGGCAUUUUCUCAUCCAUCACUCCGUCUUUUGGAUAUGCCGCCUAAUGUCGCGAAUCACGGCGGAAUUGCGACGCGAUAGACCACGUCCAUCUCUCGAAGUCAUGAAGGGACUGGAGGGGAAUAUCUAUAUCUGCUGCGCUUAUCUUCUCAAAGUAUGCUUCACGAAAGGUUACCGAUGGUUAUUGCAAGCGAUAGAGCGACAUCUACUAGAGCUAAUUCUCAAAUCUCUUCCGUUUGCUUUGUCCUUGGAUUCUUACGGAAAUACGACCCUUAUCGCAUUGCUCACUGAACUUUGCGACGUUGUCUACACUUUCCUCGUACAACGUUCUAUCAUCGUUGCUUGCAAAAAAGGGAUGGAUAAAAUUGCGAGUGCAAGUCUUGAAGAAAAUCUCUCGCACGCUGAUGAUUCCUUCCGCCAAGCCUGGACGAGACUCAAGGAGCAAGUCGUUGCGCGAAUGUUAUUUAGGGCUACCUUUAUCGGCCAAGGUUGCGAUAACGACUCUUGUGCUAGACAGAACUGCCCUCGUCGUUUCACAAAUAGAGAAAAGCCCUUGCAGCUGUGUUCUGGAUGUCUCUACUACUCUUACUGCAGCCGCGAAUGUCAAAAGGCAAUGUGGCCUGAACACAAAAAAUUUUGUAAAAAACUCCGAGAUAUGCGCACCAAUGGAUACAUGAUGCAUAUCACCAGCAGAGACGAGCAUUUUCUGGAGGGGAUGAAACUUUGCGAUAUAUACGACAACGCGCAUUCGAUCAAGGAGCAAGCCCAGCAUGUAAGGCAGGAUUAUCCUCCCGUCAUUGUCCUGGACUACGCGACUGCCCCCAUGACGAUCACAGUGAAGUCGUCGUUGGACUUCAAGGACCUCGAAGUGUCUGCAAGCUCCUGGGACAAGCUCGUCAAGGAGGCACGAAGUCUGAAAGGCGAGUUGGUCUAUGUUCGAUUGCCGGAACUUAGUCGAAUACGGGAGUCUUUUCAAUGCGUUGCUCUGCAGAUGGAUGUCCUUCGAGCCUGAGCUGAAAUGAAAAAGAUAUCAAAGGGAAAAAAAAAUUUAUUGCAUCAGAGUAAAUGUCUUCAUUGUACAUAGGCUUUGGCGAACUAUCACAAAUCAUAUUCAAUUGCAGUCGUUCA